CCUGAGACCCCCGCACCCCGUGUUCCUCGAGCCCCACUCCCCGCCUGCCCCAGGCCCUCGCACGAUCUACCCUGUUCCCGCGUCCGCUCGACGCACGCGGCCAGCCUUCGCCCCGCUUCCCCUAGGAUGGGAGCCCCGGGCCCCUGAAGGGGCGCCAAGGAAGGAAGAUGGGACGCCUGUCACCUGGCCGCUCCCGUGACCCCUCCCUUUGCCCCCUCGGAACCCCCCUUUCCAAACCACUGCAGCGGCCUGGGAUCGAUCGUUUCCCCCCGCCCCCCCACCUCCCAGCCUUCCCUGGGAAGAGGUGACCAGCCUGGGCAGGUUCGCGCCUCUGGGGACUGGGGGGACUUUGGGAACGUGGCGCCCAGAGGGGUGUGCGGGCAGGGGGAAGAAACUACGUUUAAAAUGUUUGAGUGUUGGCUAGUGUGUUCUCUCGUUCGAAAAAAAAUUUUUUUCCUCUCUUUUCUGAGCGCCUAGUGAGUACCAGGCACCGUGCCAGACAACUCUGACUUUACUUGCUUCCCUUCCCGCCGCUCCUCUUGGUGCCAGUCCCAGGCAGGAGCCUUGGUUUAGUCCAAGAGUUCCCACCCCAUCCCCCUCUACCGCCAGAUUCCCUCUUCCUCCCUAAUGCCCCCAGACGCCCUGCUGGGUCUUGGCUGACUGGAGCCAGGGGUCAAGAAUGGUCAUCUCGGAGGUCUGUGGUUUUGGAUCCUGCAUUUCAACCCCUCCCACUCUUCCAAAGACCAACAGCAGAUUUUCCCUGGAGCAGCCGGCUUCCCUCACACCUUCCUGGGGUCCUGGGACUUUGCCAGGAAGGUUAUCCCCUGCGUCCCUGUCUUCUGAGAGUGAAAGAGGACUGCUUCACAUUUUUUAGAUGGUUUUCCAUUCAGCUCCAACUGUCACAAGUUCCUAAGCUUCCUGAUCUUUCUAGAAGCGUCCACCACUAGACUUGUCUUGCUUUUUUGUUUUGGGGAGGAGCACUGGGGAGAUGGCUUCUCUCCCCACCCCAGAAAACUUCAGCUCAUCAGGGGCAGGGCUGUGUAGCUGGUUGCUGGCUUAUUGGUGCCCUGGUGAGAAGGGGGGCUGGCCUCAUCAGGGGGCUUGAUAAAUAUUUCUGAAUGCGUGCUAGGAAUUUCCAGUCAUCCACAUCCUUCCAGAUGUGAACUGGACGAGUUGGGAGAGCUGACAUGGUGACUGGGGCAAAAGAGGGAUAUAGGAGUGCAGAAGGGGGGAGGGGAGCAGAAAGGAAACCAACAGGGAAGAGGGGCUGUUGUGAUGGAAACUACCCUUCCAGCCCAGGGGGAAGGACUGCAGUAACUCACACUGUCUGCUCAGGCACUGUCCACAUGGUAACCUGUGACGUCAUUAAAGAGCUGGGGAGGUGGCAGUGGGGUGUGCUGGCACGGGCCAUCUUGAACCACCUAGCUCGGGUCCAGGCUCAGCUUAAAACCACUUGUAUGACACUGGGCACAACUCCUUCCUCCAUCUGGGCCUCAGUUUCUCCAUCUGUAAGGUUUUGAAAAAGAAGACUCAUAUGGGGAAAAGAAAAGCAGUCCAGUGGCCCUUCUCAUAUUCUCUUCCCUUUCCCCAGCCAGCUGCCUGAGCAUUCUCUGUGGGGGAGGGGUUGCAGAAAUUCAGCUCCAUCUUGGACCAUCGCAUCAAGAGGGAUGUGGAUGCCCGAAAAGCCCCAUGGGAAGAUCCCCACUAGUCCUGUGCAUGAGUGUUUUUCAUGUUUUUAUUAUUUCUAGCCGUGAAAGUUGGCUUAAUGGUGAGCUGAGGAAAGGUAUAUACAUUGUCAGCAGCUUCUUAACCCCAAGAUCCCAGGAUGACGGGGCUUUUUGAUUUGUUUGAAAUUUUUUACUGGCAAAAGCAAUUUGUCAGAUGACAGCAGCCUCAAGACCCUCUGAUCUCAUUUUCAUGGCAGACAUAUUCUGGGACCAGAGAGGCUGUGGUGGUCUUUGGGCCUUUGCUUGUUUGUUUGUUUGCCCCUGGAAACUCAGGGAUUCUGGCUGGCUGUGGACUUCUGGGAGGGGUCAUGGCAGGCUCUUGGCUAACAGUCCUGAUCAUGCCAUGCUCCCAGUCAAGUCACGAAUUUUGCAGUCCCCUAUUUCUCCAUCCCCCCGCACCCCCCUUCCCUGCCCCACGGAGGCUGGCAUGAUCUAUUCAGAGGACAGAGGGAAGAGCCUCAGGGAAAGAGGGCAUCUCUGGAUAUGCUAUUAGAAAUGGAAAUUGCUUUCCCCAAGCCCAGUUCUUCCCUUGCCCACAGUGGGAAUGAGCCACCUCAGACGUGAUAAAUGGCAUCAACUUGGCACAUCUGGAUGCCAAUUAAGCAAUUUUUAGAGUUUGAAAUACUGCGGGAGCAUGCAUUGUGCUGCUCAAGUUGGCCUUCCCUUGGUCUGCAGUACAGAGGCCAUACUCACAUCUCCUGCCCUGUUAACCCCUUCUUUGAGGGAGCAAGUUGUCUAAUUGAUUUUGUAAACUAUAAAAUAAUUUUGUAAGUGUAACCGAGAUAUAAGAGUGUAGAAACCAGGAGUGGAUUUUCACAAAGGAAACAUGCCCAUUUAACCAGCACCUAGACCAGGAAACAGAAAUUUGCCUGUCCCCUCCCCCACCCCCACCAGCUUCACCACUCUGCCCGUUUCAAGUACACCCUCUUCCCCAAAGGAAAACACUCUCCUGCCUUCCAACAUCACAGAUUAAUUUUGAUGAUGGCUUUUGAAAAAGCUUUUAAUUAUAAAUUUUUUCAAAGACAGAAAAGUACAGAGAACAGUAGAGUGAAUCUCCAUGUACCCAUCACCAGCCUCAUUAAUUAUCAGCUCAUAGGCAGUCUUAUUUUCUAUGUAUCCCACCCACUCUUUAUUUCCAGCUUAAAUUCUUUUAAAGCAAAUCUCAGACAUCAUAUCAUUUCAUAUGUAAUUAUUUUAGUAUGUAUUUCUAGUUGUAAGGACUUCAAAAACAGAAUAAAAUACCACUAUUACAUCAAAAAUGUUUAGAAUGUUUUCACACUGAAAAAACUAGCCAGUCAAUAUUCAAAUCUCCCUUAUUGUAUCAUAAAUUUUUUUUGUUUUGUUGUGUUGUGUUUGUUUUGUUUUUUAUGGUUUGCCCUUUAAAAUCAGGGUUCAUAUAAGGUCCAUAUAUUAGCAGAUUUUUAUUAGCACUUUAAUUUUUCAAAAUGCUUUUUUAAAAAAUUAGAACAUAUAUGCAGAAAAGUGCUCAAACCAUAAGUGCACGGCUGACAAGUUGUCCAAAAAUGAUUCACACUGAUAUCAAAACACCCACAUCAGGGAGUGGAAUACGACCAGAACCUCAAGCUGCCUGGUGUCCCCUCCCUCACUGCCUCCCAGCAAAGGAAGCAUGACUCUGAUUUCUAACACCAUAUCUCAUGUGUUUUAUACAUUUGCAGGUGGCUUUUUUAAGUUUUAAAAAUUUUUAAGUUUAAUUCUUUGUGUAAUAUUUCGGCUGUGGCACUCAGUUUGGAUUCCUGUUGACCAUCUCUUUCCUAAAUGAUAGUCUUUGUUUUCUCUCAGUGCUCAGAGCUUCCCCCAUCCCUGGCCCCCAGCUCCAAUGUAGUAGAGUAUCACUAAAGCAAAGGCAUGCAGUGUUCUGACCCUCUCUGGGAGAGAGUGCUCUGGCUUUCCUGAGCAUUCCUCACAACCCUGGCCCUUUGCCUGCCCAUUUGCUCCCAGGUGGCACUGGUCAGGCAGACUGGAGACCAAGACUAGUAAUGGCAGCUGAUUGGCUAGAGUUCAUAUACCCACCUCCUCUUGCUUUUACUUUGAAAAAUUAUUUUAAAAUCUCGAACUUGCUUUUGUUAUUGAUUUUUGUUGAAUAAAGAAUGACCAUUAAAGAUGGAGAGCAUGGGAAGUUCCAAUGGAGAGCAGCAAGUUUUAGAAGAAAUUAACAAGAAUAAUCUGGCUCUUGAUUUACUGUUACCAGCAUUGAAGGACCUCAAGUUGAAUCAGAGGAGGGAUCCUCUGCCAGUGAUGAUGAGGUCUAUGGCCCAAAGCCCCAGCCUCCUGAAAAGGAACUCUCCUCUGAAGAAAUAAAGCCCACUGCUGUUGGUACCCAUGAGAAACGUGGCAAAAUGCCAACAGCCACGGAAAUCCUGGAUGGCAUCUUCCAUAACUAUGACUACAAACUGCGCCCUGGCAUUGGAGAGAGACCCACUGUGGUCACCGUUGAACUGUCUGUCAACACCCUUGGGCCUCUCUCUAUCAUGGACAUGGAAUACACCAUUGACAUCACCUUCUGCCAGACUUGGUAUGACGAACGCCUUCGUUUCAAUGGCAGCUUUGAGAGCUUUGUUCUGAGUGGCAACUUGGUGAGCCUGCUGUGGGUCCCAGACACCUUUUUUAGGAAUUCUAAGAGGACCCAUGAGCACUCAAUCACCAUGCCCAACCAGAUGGUCCGCAUCCACAAGGAUGGCAAGGUGUUGUACACCAUCAGGAUGACCAUUGAGGCUGGAUGCUCACUCCACAUGCUCAAAUUUCCAAUGGACUCUCACUCUUGCCCUCUGUCUUUCUCUAGCUUUUCCUAUCCUGAGAAUGACCUAAUCUACGAGUGGGAAAAUUUCACACUUAAAAUCAAUGAGAGUAAUUCCUGGAAGCUCUUCCAGUUUGACUUUACAGGAGUGAGCAACACGACUGAAACUGUCACAACCCUGGCUGGUGAUUUUGUAGUCAUGACGCUUUACUUCAACGUGAGCAGGCGGUUUGGCUUUGUGGCCUUUCAUAACUAUGUUCCUUCCUCUGUGACCACAAUGGUCUCCUGGAUUUCCUUUUGGAUCAAGAAAGAAUCUGCUCCAGCCAGGACUUCUCUAGGGAUCACCUCUGUACUCACCAUGACCACUUUGGGCACCUUCUCUCGGAAGAAUUUCCCACGCGUAUCCUAUAUCACAGCCUUAGAUUUCUACAUCGCUAUCUGCUUCGUCUUCUGCUUUUGUGCUCUGAUGGAGUUUGCUGUGCUCAACUUCCUGACCUACAACCGGACAGCGCCCCGUGGUUCUCCCAUACUUCGCCAUCCUCGUGCCCCGAUCCGUGUGCGCAUCCCUGUCAUUGAGCAUCCGGAAGCUUUUGUGUGCGACAUUGAGGACUCCGAGGAGGAGGAGGCGGGGGAGAGUGAGGAAGACGAAGGCCCAUCCUGCCCAGCCCGGCAGGCCGCCAGGCCAAGCCGCCCCCGGCGCUCUGCUGGCUGCAGCAGGUGGUGCGAUAAGUACUGUUGCAUGGUCCCCACUUGUGACGCCAGCAGCUGGCAGCAGGGCCGCCUCUUCAUCCAUGUCUACCGCUUGGAUAACUACUCGCGAGUGAUUUUCCCAGUCACCUUCUUCUUCUUCAAUGUGAUCUAUUGGCUUGUUUGCCUUAACCUGUAGGUGCCAGCUGGUACCCUGUGGGGCAGCCUCCCCAGUUCCCCAGGAGGUCCCACAGCCUUUGCUAAGGGAGUUGGAGGAAAGCAGCAACCAGAGAAUGUCUUUCCUUCCCCUUCCCCAGCCGGCAGCUGGCAGGGCUCCUUGCCAGUCGCACCCCACCUGGCCCGUUCACCAAAUCUCCUUAGUGGCCCAUCUCAAGUAGAAUGGCCCCAUCUCUGUUCUUCCCGGGGCAUGUGUGACACUCAGGCUUCGAAACGUAGACUCAGCAACCAGCUCCCUAAGAUGGUGUCCAUGUGUGAGCGGAUUAGCCAUCUCCCCAAAGGGCUAACACCCACUGCCUUUUCCCAGAAACCCAGCACUGCCUUUGUGGUGCUCUGGGCCUAGCUCUGGCCUCAGCCUCAAAGUGCACACACCAGCUGCUUGCCUGAUCCUGGCACCUCCUAAUGAUGCCGGGCAGCAGCGUAACAGGGAGGGGAUCUCGGUCCUAGGUCCAAUUAUUAUAUUCUUGACUCUUGUCUCCCUGCCCUCCCUUCCCCUGCAUAUGGAUGGGCACUGGCGUGAUUCCUUUAGGAGGAAAGGGGAGCCAGCAAGUGAGGACAGUACCCCUCCCUCUGCUGCUGUGACACCUCCCUCUUCCCUCCCCGCAGGCCUUCAUUGCUCAUCUCCACCACCAGUUCAAUGCCUUGCAUCCAGUGGGUGUCUAUUUUUGUGUGAUGAUAGUAAUGACCCCCUGCUUUGUAUGCCCCUUUCUUCCUCCCCCUUGGCCCCUGUGACUUUUCUGUGACUUCCCCGGUGACUUUCCCAGCCCCAACCCAGGUGCUAGGCCAUGGUGACUUCCCGGGGCCAAGAAACUAAGGGAAUUCUGCUCUCUGCUGUGGGCAUUACCCGCAUUGAUUGGUGCCCAGUCGAGGCACAGCAUAGGAGUUCUGCCACUUCCUUGACCCCUGGACCUGUGAGCAGGUCCACUCCUAUUUCUGGGGGCACUCUGACAAUCACAAUCAAUCAAUUGAAUUCCCUUAAAUUUGUACAGCACUUUACCUUUUGCAAAAGCACUUUUGACAAAUUAUUUCUAUUUUGAGCCUCAUAGCCCAGUGAUAUAUUCAGGGCAGGAUUCUUAUCCCCAUUUUGCAGAUGAGAACCCUGAGGCACAGAUUUCUAUGGGACUGUGGAUCUCACUGGAAACUACCCAGGAGCCCACUGUCAUGUGACAGGGCUAGGCAGCUCUUUCCACCAUGAUUUGAUUCUAUAGCCUCUGCUGGCACCCCAGUGGCAGGGCCCAGAGUGGCAGCCUCUUUUCAGCAUUGGCCUGCUCAAUUCCUGGGCCUCAGGUGCUCAGACUGCCCCAAAGAUCUAAUCUCUCCUGGCUCUAGUAACCCAGUGAGGUGAAUUUAGACACGCCCCAAUGCUUGUAUAUGCUGAAUGAAAUCUGUGUCUGUAUUUUAUUGGGUGGGUGGGUAGGGUGGGGCUCCAUCUGCUUUUUGUCACCAUCAACUGUAAAGGGGAAAUAUAUCAAUAAAUAUGUCAGCAAAG